AUGCGCGAGGAGGCCACGACCCUCAGCCGCGGGGCGAGGCCUGGGGGGCGCAUGGGGGACACCACGCCCGCCCCGGGGAACUGCACAGGCAUGUGUGUGCAAGUGCAGCCACCCCUGCAGGGCACCUUCCAAGUACUUCGUGGGGACGGCACUUCUGUGGGGACUGUCAUCGUGUUCCACUGCCCCUCGGGCCACCAGAUGGUGGGGUCUGGCCUACUCACCUGUGUCUGGAAGGGGAGCAUUGCUGAGUGGUCGUCAGACACGCCCAUGUGCAAGACUGUGCCUCCCUAUGAAACCUUCGGCUUCAAGGUGGCCGUGAUCUCCUCCAUCGUCAGCUGUGCCAUCAUCAUGCUCAUGUCUAUGGCCUUCCUCACCUGCUGCCUCAUGAAGUGUGUGAAGAAGAGUGAGCAGCAGCGAUCCAACAGGGCGGCCCAGCUGUGGUUCCAGCUGAGAGGCGAGGACUUAGAGACAGUACAGGCCGCCUACCUCGGCCUCAAGGGCCUCAACAACAAACGCAACAUCAGUGGCGAGUCCAGGAUCCAGCCCAUCCAGGCUCACGACAACCACAGCUUCACCACAGACCUUGGCGAGGGGACCAGAGAGCUGGCGAGCAUGGCCCGAGGCACUGACAAGGACCCCUGGACCCCCAGUGGCCCCACCAGCUCACCACAUGCCCAGGUGAUGGUGCAUACAGCGAACCCAGGGCAGAUGCUGCCUGCCUCCAGGCCAACUGUGGGAAUGCUCAGACAGCCUGCAGCCUAUGUCCCAGGGUGA